GCGGUCUCCAUCCCGUGUCGCGUGCGGGGCAAACGUCGCAAACUCAUAACGGUUGCGAAAACUUUACUGAAAAACGAUUUAAUUUAAGUGUAAUGUAACAUAACUGGUUUUUAAUCAUGGUUAACUCUGUGUUGAAACAGACAUAUUUGCCAGUAGUCUGAGGGAUGAUGAUCGGCGUUUCUAACAAGGUUGGAGUUGAAAGAGGAACAGGUGGAGAAGUGAGACAGGGCGGGGCUGUCGGCAUCCUGGAGGCGGCGUUAACGGUCCUGUCGGUGCUGCUCAUCCUCCUCACCUUCCCCUUCUCAGCGUGGAGCUGCGUUCAGGUUGUCCAGGAGUAUGAGAGAGCUGUCAUCUUUAGACUGGGCCGGGUUGUUAAAGGAUCAGCUAAAGGACCUGGUUUAGUCUGGUUCAUUCCCUGGUUGGAUGUCAUUCAGAAGGUUGACCUUCGAAUUCUCUCCAUUUACAUCUACCCACAACAGGUUCUAACAGCAGACAGCGUCCCGUUACUGGUGGACGCCGUGGUGUUUUACCGCGUGGUGGAUCCCACCCUCUGGUUCACCCAGGUGCAGAAUGGCUAUGAUGCCACAUACUGGCUGGUCCAGGCGACCCUCAGGGCGGUGCUGGGCGCUCAGCUGACAGACCUGCUGACGCAGCGGCCUACCAUAGCCAUGAGAAUGGAGGAGGUGCUGCAGCCCGGCUCCAGGCCGUGGGGCGUUCAGGUCCAGCGAGUGGAGCUCAGAAAUCUGAAGCUUCCCAAGCUUCUGCGGCGCUCCCUGGGCUCAGAGGCCGAGGCUGUGAGGACGGCCCGGGCGAUGGUACUGCUGCAGGAAGUGAAGGCGUCUCGUACUUUAAGGGAGGCGGCGUCCCACCUGUCGCCUGAAGUUCUGCGCCUCAGAUACCUGCAGACGCUGGCGUCUGUGGACAGCAGCGCCUCCGUCGUGGUCUGGAUCCUCCCCACAGAGAUCCUCCGGUUAAAAACUCAAACUCAUCAAACCGUGACGCAGCAGGUACCGCCGAGUUAUCCCACCCAGAAAGAGAAGAGUUGCUGCAAGCAGAACCAAACAAAUCUGAGCUCUGAGUCCGUCAAUCUGUUUGUUAAAUUAUCACAUUUCCAUAUUUAAUAAAACCAAAG